AUGCCUGGUCACAAGAUGAAGGCUCUGGAUGGCCCUUUCAUGUUGGCUUUUGGGACCGGCUCAACAUGGCGAAAGGAAGAUCCCGAGGCUCUCAACACCAGACUUAUCGAGAUUGUGAAAGAGGCCUUGGAGUUGGGGUAUCGCCACCUUGAUACAGCUGAGCUCUACAAUACGGAGAGGGAGGUUGGGGAGGCAAUAAAGCAAUCCGGCGUGCCUGUUUCAGAAAUCUACAUCACCGGGAAAGUUUUCACCAUGUCGGACAUUCAAGGAGCGUUUGGUCGCACUUUGCAACGACUUGGUGUUGAUUACAUCGAUCUGUAUUUGCUUCAUUACCCAUACUUUGCCAAGUCAAAAGAGGAUCUUCAGGCGGCAUGGGCUGAGCUCGAGGCUAUAUACGACUCCGGCAGAGUUGGCGCCAUAGGUGUUUCGAACUUCACUGGGGACCACAUCGAGACGAUAUUGGAAACUGCACGAAUAAGGCCGGUGUGCAACCAGGUCGAAUUGAACCCAUACCUCCCACGGAUCCAACUGCAGGAGUACCACAAGAAACACGGUAUACAGACGUUUGCCUUCUCACCGUUAUCGCCAAUUGUCAGAGCAACCCCGGGACCACUGGACAGUGAAUUGACGUCCAUCGCAGAGAAACACGGAAUAAGUACAGCUCUUGCUUUGAUACGCUGGGCCUUGCAGCAAGACAUUGCGGUGGUGACAACUUCAACUGAGAAAGCUCGUAUGAAGGAUCAUUUGUUGGCUCUGAAUGCAUCGUUGCCACCGGAAGAAGUAGCACUAAUCAGCAAAUUAGGUGCAGAGAAACAUUUCAGAGGUCGCUGGAAUGAUAAAUUUGCUGCAGACGAUCGAAGGUGA